CCAGACUUUCACCCAUUGCCACCCAUUGCUUUGUCGGCACAGUCUCCGCCGCCGAUCCCUUGUACAUAAAUAAUACGGAAAGACCGUACAUAUAUAGAGAGUUCUUGUGCCUGUCGAAGCGAAGUUCUUGUCCCGAUACACGACCUGAAUACCCUGGCGGAAACGACUUUAAAACUUCAGCGCAGGAGACAACAACAGCCAUUCCUAUACAUUCUAGUCUUCCGUCCAACAAGGCUGCCGAGAACUUACCUUGCAAAUACAGUCGAUAGUACAUUAAGCUCACCAUGACGUUAAUAACCUCCCCAAGCUCACCAUCAACACCACCCACCCGCCGCCCCUUCUUCCCUCCGCUAACAACCCGCCAAACCCUCUACGUCCUGCUAAUGCACUCCAUCGGCUCCGGCUUCCUCGACGCCGGCAUCAACUUCGCCAUAGCCUACGCAAUGUAUAAAAACAGCCCUUCCUUCCUCUGGAAUUUCCCAAACACUCUCGCGGGCGACGCCGCGGUGACCGUGCUGGUCCAGGGCACGCUGACGUGGGUGCUCGAUGGCGCGUUGACGUGGAAGGAUGUGCGGGCGGGGACGGUCAGGCCGAUUGUCGAGGCGGGGGUGGAGGGGUGGAGAUUACCGCAGUCGGGCUUAGGGGCAUGGUUGACACGCCCGUCGUUGGACUUGUUCGGGCCGGGGAUCAGCGGUCGUGCCCGUGUCCAACGGAUCGUGAACGCCUUUAUUCGCGGGUUUGUGUUCUCGCUGCUGUGCUUGCCGCUCGCAUGGGGCCUCGGGAUUGGGCUCGGGUGUGCUUUCUGGCCUGCGAUGCGGCAUAAUGAGGAUGUGAUGGGGUGGGGCCCGUUGAUUUGGAAAGCGGUUUACACUUUCUUUUUGGGUGCGCUUACGACGCCGGUUACGACGCUCAUUGCUAUGGCGCAGGCGACGCCGAGGUUGGAUGAUGCGGGAUUCAAGAUGGAUGAGGCGGGAGAGGGUGUGCGAGGGGCGAGGGCCGAUGAUAAAGCGUGAGAGACAAACACGGCGUAGCGAGCCGAUUUUCAUUUCUUCCUCUGUACAAAUUUCGGUGUCUGUUCUUGUACAUAACUCAACGAUUUUGGCCGCCUUUUGCCAGCAUCAAUGUAGUUACUGGCAUAUCACUACGCAUAUUGGUAAUGGAUAUACCUCGGACGAAUUUUCCCAUGGCCCGUUGGGCCGUUUGGGUGGACUUUCUCAAGUGAUUCGACGUUUACAUUCGACGUUUACAAAAUAUAUGUUUGUAUUCGAAACGUCGGAAAUAACAACGGGG